AACAGAAAGGAUUGGUGCUUGGUAUAUAUGAAGCAGAAGAUGAAAACAACAUUUCAUUGACUCCUACGGCAAUUAACUAUGACGAACUAGUUAAAGGAAAACUGCGACAAAAUAUUUUUUUGAGAGACUAGACUGAGAGACGAUAUUGUACGCAUGAUAUGAGGCAAAAAUUCGCAGCACAGAAGGAGUUACCAGAUACCUAUUUUCUUAUAUAAAAAAAUUUUAACAAUAUAUUAUUUAUAAAGUAAUUAUUUCUAUAGAUUAAUAUUAAUCAAGUAAAAUCAUGUCAGAAGAAUUCAAAUGGAACUUUGAAAAAUAUGAAAUUUAAAAAAGCAGAUUAAAAUUACCAGAUGUAUUUUAAAAUAAUUAAAUGUAUUUUAAGAAAUAUUAUUCAAUUAAGAAGAAAGAUGUCAGCUAUCAAUGAUAGUAAUUUGGGAAAUGAUACCACUGCUGGAAGUAGUGGAGGUAUAGGUGAAUAUAGUGAUAGAAUGAAUAAACAACAUCACUCUGCAAAUGUUCUUCAUAGGAUUAGUGGUACAUUUGAAGAUAAAAGUAAUGAUUAUUUAUGUCCUAUUUGUUUUGAGGUAAUUGAUGAAGCUCAUAUUACACGUUGUGGUCAUACAUUUUGUUAUCGCUGUAUAGUAAAAUCUUUGGAAGCCAAUGGUCGUUGUCCAAAGUGUAGUUACACAUUAACUCAACAAGAUAUUUUUCCAAACUUUUUGUUACAUGAACUGAUAUCAAAAUAUAAAACUAGAAUUAAAGGUUUUGCUGAAUUGGGAUCAUCAUAUGCAGCUGAUGGUAAACAUAAAUUAGGUAAUACAGAUUUAUCUGUACCACCUCAUGAUGGAUUAAGAGAUAUUAUAGCUGCAGAAAGUGCUAAUCUAACAUUACCUGAUGUAAAUGUAAUGUUAGAAGUAUUAACACAAAGAAAACAUCUACUAGAAGCAGAAACAUGUGCAGCACAAAAUAAAUUGUUGCAUGAAUUUUUAAAACAUCUAUUACAACAGAAAGAAGAACAAAAAAAUCAAUUACAAAAGGAGAUAGCAUUAAUUAAGAGAGAUAUGGAUGAGGUUGAGAAUAUUUUAAGAGACGUUCAAAAUAAAUGUCCUAAAGUAGAAGAUUUGAAGAAAUCAAGUGAAAAUGAUACUGCACAUGUAUCAGCUAUAAGAAAAGAAAUGAUUGGUCUUAUAGACAUAAUAGAUUCAAAUAUGGUAAAACCAAAUGAAAAAGCAAAUAUUAGCAGUGACACAUUUAUUAAUCCUACAGGAAGUAAGAAGCAAAAUGAUUAUGCAAUAGGAUCUACAUUAGCAACACGUAGAAAGAGGAUGCAUGCUCAUUUUGAUGAUUUUGUUCAAUGUUAUUUUGACUCUCGUGCUAAAGAAUUACUCCUUGGUCAUAAAUCUCAGAGUCAGAGUGAUUCAUGGCAAGGCACUAGUUCAGGUCUUGAUGUUUUUAGAGAAAAUCUUGUCAAAUUUUCGAGAUAUAAAUCUUUACGCCCACUUGCAACUUUAAAUUAUUCAUCGGAUAUUUUUAAUAAUUCCACUAUUGUUUCAAGUAUUGAAUUUGAUAAAGAUAAUGAAUUCUUUGCAAUAGCUGGAGUUACAAAACGUAUAAAAGUAUUUGACUAUAGUGCUGUAAUAAGAGAUACUGUAGAUAUACAUUAUCCUUGUGUUGAAAUGGUUUCUAGCUCUAAAAUAUCAUGUGUUUCAUGGAAUUCCUUUCACAAAGGAAUGCUAGCAUCAUCUGAUUAUGAAGGAACUGUAACAGUAUGGGAUGCUGCAACUUGUCAAAGAACUAAAACAUUUCAAGAACAUGAAAAGAGAUGUUGGUCUGUUGACUUCAAUGAUGUAGAUACUAAACUCAUAGCAUCAGGAUCAGAUGAUGCUAGAGUUAAAUUGUGGUCUUUAAACAAUGAUCAUUCUGUAGCUUCAUUAGAAGCAAAAGCUAAUGUAUGUUGUGUAAAAUUUAAUCCACGUAGUUCAUGUCACUUGGCAUUUGGAUCUGCAGAUCACUGUGUCCAUUAUUAUGAUUUACGUAAUAUGAAAGAAGCACUUUGCAUUUUUAAAGGUCAUCGUAAAGCUGUUUCAUAUGUUAAAUUUAUAAAUAAGGAAGAAAUAGUAUCUGCAAGUACCGAUUCGCAAUUAAAAAUGUGGAAUAUUAAUAAUCCACACUGUUUGCGAUCAUUUGUUGGACAUGUUAAUGAAAAGAAUUUUAUAGGUCUUACUACUGAUGGUGAUUAUGUAGCAUGUGGAUCAGAAAAUAAUGCACUUUAUGUAUAUUAUAAAGGACUUUCGAAACAGUUAUUCUCGUAUAAAUUUGAUGCCGUUCGAAGUAUAUUAGAAAUACAAGAACGAAGAGAAGAAGAUCUGAAUGAAUUUGUAUCUGCAGUUUGUUGGAAACAAAUGUCCAAUGUUGUAGUAGCAGCAAAUUCUCAAGGAACUAUUAAGAUAUUAGAAUUAGUUUAAAGUUAAUUAUAAAUUCUAUAAUCCUUAGCAAAUAUUGAUAUACAUAUAUAUUUUGAAAUUUAUUCAAUUAAGUGCUUAGGCACAAAUAACAACGAGAAGUGAAAAUUUAUUCUAAAUGUUACAGUAAUUUGUUGUAAGCAAAAUUGAAAAAGAAAAAAAUUUAGAAUAUAUUAAAAUCUAAAUUAUCAUAUUAGAGACUGAUUUACUUGAAAAAGUAAUAUUCUGCAUACCAAACAGCUCAAACACUUUAUUAUGUUUUUAUUAAAUAUUUCAAUACUGUUAUUUAUAUCAUUCUGAUUUAAUUGUUUUUCAAUUUAGAUAUAUUUUUAAUAAUAGACUGAAUUUUAAUAAUAAAUAAUUCUGAAAGUAUAUUAAUAUGUAUGCAUAAAAUAUUUUUUAAUUUAAAACAUGGCCUUUUAUAAAAUUAUAUUAAUUUAGCUAUGUUUGAAAUUAAUGUAUUUCUAUAAUUAUUCUAGCACAAUUCAGAUAUAAUAAAUCAUUAUUAACAUAAUUAAUAAUUAGCAUUUAUUAGCACAAAACUUUAUUAUUAUUACUUAUUAUUAUAUUAUUAUAUUAAUUAUCUGUAUUUUUGUAUUUUUUAUUCUUAAUAUGAUAUUAAUUAAUUUUGUAAUUAAUUUUACAUGAUAAUAGUAUUUGUUCAUAAUUAAGUCAAAUAAGUUAUUUAAUAAUACAUAGAUUUUUUAGUUCUAUAAAUAUAAGAUUUGUGAGUGUUGAAAGAAAUAUAAAAUUUUAUAAUAAUUCCAAACAGCUUGUAAUGUAAAAAAUAUUUUUGUGACAUAUAACAAUAUAUAAAAAAGUAAAAUAUUUUAAGUAAUUAAUUCAUAAUAAUUGUGUGACAUAACUUUAAUUACAUGUGAUCCUUAUAAUAAAUCUUGCCAAAAUAGCCUAAUAGUUUAAAUUUGAAAAUGUAUAAGUUGAUAUAAAUAAUAUUGAUACUAUCAGUUCAAUUCAAUUUGUGCCAAAAACAUUACAGAAAUAGUAAAUGUGCUUAAAUUGCAUUAAGUUCCUAUUAUCAGAGUUAUAAUCACUAUUUUAUAUAUUAGCAUCAGAGCUAAGGAAAGAUAGAAUUUAUAAUAAAAAAAUAAUAAAUUAUAAUAAAAAUGUUUUUUUUACUUUCAGAAUUAUACUAUUAUAAUUAAAUAAUUAUAUAUAUUAAUUAUAAUUAAUGAUAAUUGCUUUGAAGAAUAUUAAUAAUUAUAGAUAUAAUGAUUUUACUUUAUUGAAAAAAUAAAAUUAUUUUUGAAAAUAUUAUUUCACUUAGCUCUGAAUUCUAAGCAAAUCUAUAGCUCAUUUUUAAAUAUCAAUAUAUCAAUUUUUAUAAUAAUUUCUUUACAAUUUACAUAAUAAUAUUUAAGCAAAUAACAACAAAUAUAAAACCCCAUGACAAAUUUACAUACUUAACUUUGUGUGUAUAUAUAUAGUGUAUAUAUAUAUAUAUAUAUAUAUAUAUAUAUAUAUAUAUAUAUAUUGACAAGAAAGCAAAUUUUUUUUAAUAAGAACAUAAUGUUACAUUUUAUUGCAUAUAUUCAGAUAAUUCUUUAUUAUAAAUUCUUAUCAAAUAAUAUCAAAAUAUAUUAAAUAAUUAUCGCGUUUACUGUUAAUGUUAUUACAUGAGUGCAAAUCAAUUAUCUCCUUAUAAAUCAGAGAAUAUAAUUGUGAAUUAAUAUGUAGUUCUUGUGAAAAUUGUGAAAAAUAAUUGUAAUUUUAAUCUAAUUAUUAGUUAAUACAAUUAUUAAUAAUAUUAAUUAGAGUAAUUUUAAAGGAAUAUAUUCUAGGAUAUAUGUAAAGAAUAGUAUAUUUUUAGAUUGUAUUUUAAAAUUGCAGAUGCUAUAGCAUGUGCUGAUACAUGUCCAAGAUGCCUAGAAUUAUUGUAAGAAAUAAAUUUAUGAAUUUGUCUCAAUA